CCGCGCCGGCUCCGCGUGUAUGAACGAGUUGAUUUUGUGUACUGUUGAGUGACGCGCGCAGUGCUUGCACUGCGUUGUUUCUUUUGCCAAAAUGGGAUACGUAUUUUGCCUCGUCAUAUUACAAAACGGCAACCGGCGAAAGCUGAAGCUGGCGACGGGAGCCUACGCCGAGUUGCUGGAGAAACUGACCGGAAUCGUGGAUGUCGAUCACGAAAACACCCUGAUCCAGAUGUUCGACACCGAUUUGGACGAUUUUGUGGACCUUGUACCUGAAGACAAAAUUCCAAACAAAGCAAAGCUACGCGUCAUCUCGAGGAGCGCUUCAACUGUGUGCAAUGCAGUAGUGGCCACUGGUGGGCAGAACGUCGCAUCCACUUGUCCACAAAAUCUGUGA